CUACCCGGCGGCGGCGAAGGAGGACGAGGAGGAGGAGGAGAUGACGCGGCUAACCUUGGAGCAGGCGGCGCGCGAGGCGGGAUCGGACGGGACCGGCGCUACGGCCCUCAACCUCUCCCACCGCGCGCUCUCCGACGUGUCGUGCCUGAGCAGCUUCAACAAGCUGGAGCGCCUCGACCUCGGCUACAACUGCCUCGUCACCCUCGAGGGUUUAUCCUCCUGUGCCAACCUGAAGUGGCUUUCGGUUAUUGAAAACAAGCUUGUGAGCUUAAAAGGCGUUGAAGGACUCUCAAAGCUGCAAGUGCUGAAUGCUGGCAAGAACAAACUUACAAAGAUGGAUGAGGUUGCAUCCUUAACAAGCCUGGGGGCAUUGAUUCUCAAUGAUAACAAUAUUUCUUCCAUCUGCAAGCUUGAUCGGCUGCAACAGUUGAAUACACUCGUUCUCUCUAAGAAUCCCAUUUUUGCCAUUGGCAAUGCUUUGGCCAAGGCUAAGUCUAUGAAAAAGCUAUCCUUGUCACACUGCCAAAUAGAAAAUAUUGGGUCCUCUCUUGCUGCAUGUGUGGAAUUGAAGGAACUCAGGCUUUCCCACAACAAGAUCACUACAAUCCCUUCGGAUUUGGCUAAAAAUGUGAAGAUGCUGAACCUUGAUUUAGGGAAUAACUUGAUCGAGAGGAGUUCAGAUCUUGAGGUACUUUCUGAAUUGCGCUACUUGAGGAACCUUAAUUUGCAGGGAAAUCCUAUUUCUGAGAAAGACAGCCAUGUCAAAAAGGUUAAGAAACUUGUGCCAACCUUGAGAAUCUUGAAUGCAAAGCCCCUAGAGGCCAGCUCCAAGAGUGAUAACAGAUAUGAAAAAGAGAAUGAUCCAGUUGAGGUUGAUAGGAAAAAGAAGGAUAAAAAGCUGCAGUCGAAACAACAGUUAAAGGUCCCUGAAGAGCCUGAAGUCAAGACUGUUUCCCUAGGUGUCACCACUUCUGCCCUUGGCAAAUCUGAAGUGCUGGAUGGUAAGGAAAGGAAAAAGGGCAGGAAGGAAGCAAAGAAGAAGCCUGAAGUGGAAGAACAUGCCAAUGACAGCAAAUCGAAGAGGAAGGAUGAUGUUGAUGAUACUGGUAGAAAGGACAAGAAGGCCAAGAGGAAGAAAUUUGUUGAUGAAGAAGACAUAGAUGCUGAAGGAAUCGAUAAUACCGAAAUCUCAUUUGCUGAUUUAGUGUUUUCCAAACAGUACAGUUCAGAGCCCAAACUAAAGGACAGUUCAACCCAGGAAGUAGCUCCAGACGGAAAGUUUGAAGAUUUGGUAAUUGAUCACACAAAGAAGAGAAAGAAGUCAAAAAAUGCAGUCACCAUCACCGAUCCCUCAGCUCUUAAGAUGAUAUCCUCUGUUCCAGAUGUAGGGGCAGGCGGACUCGGCCUGUCAGGAUGGGAUGAUUAGUGCCUAAGUUUUAUGGCUGAUCAGUAGCGUUUAUUGUAGUUCUUUUGUAGCAUCACCUUGCAAGUAGAUUUAUCUGGCGACCACCAUCAUGUUUCUUUCAGCGGUGUUGUGGGUAACAUUUAAUGGGCAAAUGGUGUGUGUGGUUUAGAACUUUGUUAGACGAGUCCAUGGUGAAAACCCCAAUUUUAAGGUGAAAUCAGCAGCAUGCUUUCUUUCCGAUUAAUUGAA